AUGCUAUUUAGCUACCACCGCUUACCUCGAGUACGGAAUUAUUGGAGCAGUGAUAUAGAUUAUUCUGUACCUGUUGUUCCUGACACUCUUUCACGAAAUAGGUAUUUCCAGAUAUUAGGUAACUUGCAUGUAAAUGAUAAUGAAGUAAUACCAAAGCAAAAUACUGAUAGACUGUGUAAAAUUAAACCACUUAUGGAUAAACUAAAUAAAAAUUUUCAAUCACUGAGAAUGUCUCAUCAAACACAAAGUAUAGACGAAAGCAUGAUAUUAUUCAAAGGAUGCUCAACGCUCAACCAGUACAAUCCUAAAAAACGAAUAAAAAGAGGAUACAAACUAUGGUGUCGUUCAGAUAUGUCAGGUUAUGUGUAUGAAUUUGAAGUAUAUCAGGGAAAAGGUGAUUCAGAAUUCAAAAGAUUUGGUCUAGGAGGGAGUAUAGUUCAGAAAUUAACCAAAUUUCUUGUAAAUAAAAACGCAUCAUAA